AUGCAAGCCAUCACGAACGAGCGCUCCUGGACCGACCUCGUAGAAGAAGUCGCCCUCAUCGAGUCGCCCUGCCUCCCCUUGUCCGCUGAAUGCGACCACGAUAUGGUCAACUGGGAAGAGGUGGGCUCCAUGUUUAGCGACUUCCUCGGGGACGAGCCCAGCUCUGAACAAGCGCUCGCCCCAAUUCCCCUUCCCGACUUCGACUGGAGUGACCUUAUCGCUGCUUUCACAACACCUAACCACAUGGAGACAAAGCCCAUGGUCUUCGUCACGAGCUCACCUUCUCCACACAACACCCGCAGGUCCAAAUCUACUAUCUCCACCACCUCCCCCAACAAGAAGUGCCCCAAGAAGUGCUCCGAGCCGGCUUGCUGGAACAAAGUUCGAUCGCGAGGGUACUGCAAAAUGCACGGCGGGGGCAAGCGAUGCUUGUUUUCUGGAUGCGAUACAUGCAGCGUCGGAGGAUAUUACUGCAUCAAGCAUGGUGGGGGCAAGAAAACUGCCAUGCACAUGAUCCUCGUGUUUGCAACGAUCCCAGUGUUGCAGUACUGCUUCAGCUGCGCCUCCAGUCCAGUGGCCGCGGCGACUGGCUUGGUGUGGCCGAUCCAGCUCGCGUAG